ACGUGCGGCCGGUGCCUGCCCUUGGCGGCCCCGGGUGGCGAAGCGCGCCUGCUGAGGAGGGAGGAUGGCGGCGGGGCUGGAGCGGCGAGGAGGAGGAGGAGGCGGCGGCUGGGGCUGGGGCAGGAGUCGGGGCGCGGUGCUGCUGCUCUUCUUCUCGCUGUCGCCGCGGCCGCCGGGCGGGGCGGCGUGGCUGCUGGGGCUGCGGCCGGAGGACACGGCUCCGGGGCGUGUGUGGCUGGAAGGGGGAGCCCUGCGGGCGGCCGAGGGGUCCCGCUUCCUGCUGCGCCUCUACUUCCAGCCGACGGCCGACGGCAACGCCAGCGGCGGUGGCGGCGGGACGGAGCCCGGCGAGCGGCGGCUGGUGUUCGUGGAGGAGCCGGCGGAGGCGGCGCGCUGUCCCGAGCGCAGCGCCUGGGCCUCGGAGGUGGAGGUGCUUGGCCCGCUGCUGCCCGGCGGCUCUGCCGGCUCGGCCUUGGCCGAGGUGCGGGUGCGGGAGCCGCGCAAGGGCGAGCCCGGCGUGGGGCCGGCGGGGCGCCGCUUCUGGCUGUGCGCCUGGGACGGCCGCGCGUGGCAGGUGCACGGGGCGCCCGGCGGCUUCGUGCUGCAGGUGGAGGAGGCGGCGGCGGCGUUGGCGGCGGGGCUGGUGCCGCUGCCGUCGGCGGGCUGGGGGCGGGCGCUGGGGGCCCUGGUGCUGCUGGGGCUGUCGGCGCUGUUCAGUGGCCUUCGCUUGGCGGUGCUGUCCCUCGACCCUCUGGAGCUCCGCGUGCUGCGCAACAGCGGCUCGGCGGCCGAGCGGGAGCAGGCGCGCAAGGUGGAGGCGGCGCGGAGCCGCGGCGGGAGCGGCACUCACCUGCUGUGCACGUUGCUGCUGGGCCAGGCCGGCGCCAACGCCGCUCUGGCUGGCUGGCUCUGCGCCUCCCUGCGCGGCGACCCCAGCGCCCUGGCGGAGGCCGGCCGAGGCGUGCCCUGGGUGCCGGUGCUGCUCUGCACCGGCCUGGUCUUCCUGGGAGGGGAGGUUCUGCCCUACUCGGUGUGCUCCCGCCACGGGCUGGCCAUUGCCGCUCACACGCUCUGCCUCACCCGCCUUCUCAUGGCCGCCACCUUCCCGCUCUGCUACCCGCUCAGCCGCCUCCUGGACUGGGCCUUGCGGCAGGAGCUGAGCACCUUCUCCACCCGAGAGCGCUUGCUGGAAACGCUGCGCGCAGCUGACCCGCACGGGGACCUGGUGAGCGGGGAGCUGGCCAUGGUGCAGGGCGCACUGGAGCUGCGCACCAAAGUGGUUGAGGACAUCCUGACGCCGGUGAGUGACUGUUUCAUGCUGCGCUCGGAUGCCGUGUUGGACUUUGCCACCGUCUCUGAGAUUCUGCGCUCGGGCUACACGCGCAUCCCAGUCUACGAAGGCGAGCGGCGUGACAACAUCAUCGAUUUGCUCUUCGUCAAGGACUUGGCCUUCGUAGAUCCUGACGACUGCACCCCUCUGCAGACGGUCACUCGCUUUUAUCGCAGGCCGCUACACUGCGUCUUCCAUGACACACGGCUGGACGCUUUGCUGGAGGAGUUCAAGAAGGGAAAAUCACACCUGGCAAUUGUGCAGCGGGUGAAUGACGAAGGGGAAGGAGAUCCUUUCUAUGAAGUGAUGGGGAUUGUCACCCUUGAAGAUGUGAUUGAGGAGAUCAUCAAAUCAGAGAUUCUGGAUGAAACAGACCUCUACAACCAUCGGAAGAAGGAGCGGGCACCCCAUCGGGGUAGGAAACCACACGACUUCUCCAUUUUCCGGCUUUCUGAUAGUGAGAUGAAAGUGAAGAUUUCUCCUCAGCUUCUGCUUGCCACACAUCGAUUCAUGGCUACAGAGGUGGAGCCCUUCAAGCCACCGUACCUCUCAGAAAAGAUUCUGUUGCGACUCCUCAAACACCCCAAUGUUAUCCAGGAAAUGAAAUUUGACCACAAAAACAGACGAGCACCGGAACACUACCUCUAUCAGCGCAACAGGCCGGUUGACUACUUUGUGCUCAUCUUGCAGGGAAGAGUGGAGGUGGAAGUAGGGAAGGAAGGCCUGCGUUUCGAGAAUGGAGCCUUCACCUACUAUGGCGUACCAGCCAUCAUGGCUGUUGUCUGUUCAGAUAAUGACGUGCGCAAAAUGAGCAGCCUGGCGGGAUCUUCUUUCCUGUUGCCUGUGUCCAUGUCCCGUACCUUCGCCUUCAGCAGAGGGGAAUCUCUGGCUGGCUCCCCAGUGAACCAGUCACCUUCCCGAUGCAGUGGCCUGAAUCGCUGUGAUUCCCCUAUCCGAGAACGUAAUGACUAUGGAGGCAGCAGCACCCAGCUCCAAAGUGGCAGCAACAACAACAUCUACACGCCGGACUACUCUGUACACAUUCUCUGUGAUGUACAGUUUGUCAAGAUCACUCGACAGCAGUACCAGAAUGCAUUGGUGGCUAGCCGCAUGGACAGCUCACCCCAAACCCCUGACUUGGAGGUUUUUAAUGACGGAGACUCCACAAAGGCUCCUACAAUCAGGGGCACUCCACAGACACCCAAGGAUGAUCCUGCCAUUCUCCUGAGCAUGAGAAACAGCAUUGUGGUUAGUCAUUCAGAUGGGCGCCUGAAGAGCCCCACAGACUCUGUGUUUUUGCACAUGGAGGGAAUUCCUCACAUUCAAGAGGAGCUGGCAGGGGCCACAGAGAGCAACACACAACAGAAAAAUGAAGGCUGUUUUUUCAGCCUGCAGCCUGAGACUUCAUACAAAGAGGCAGAGACCAGCACAUCCCCAAGUGGUCCUGAGGAACCCCUAGGCAAGAAGCUACUUCGUACCCUCAGUGGGAAGAGAAGAAAGCCAUCAGCAGAGAGUGAAAAGAGUCCCGAUGAUAAUUCCAACUUCACACCUCUCAUCACAUGAGUGGAAACAUGGCCUUGAGCCUCCCACAGAUCUGCAGCAUGACAACUAACCGGCAAGGUUCAUGUGUGCGUGUGACGACACUCGCUUCUCUCCCAUAUCAUCGGUCCCCUCGCUCCAGGGUUUGCAAUUCAGACAGCAGCCGUUUGAGGGCCAGGUUUGAGAGGUGGAGCCGGAACUUAGAGAGCUGAGUGUUGGGUCUUGACAAAAGGUGGAAAACGAAGAUAGCGGGGCAGUGCGGUGUGUGGGACCCUGUGGGUAGCUUAAGCCUGACCAUUACAGAUUACUUCCAGCAGGACAGUACCCAAGGGGAAUGGGGACACGACUUCACCUGGGAGUACCUACCCUUCCUUACACGUGGUCCUGCACAUUGGGCCCCUCCCAUGCAUGUUUGUGCAGCAACAGCAUUGCACCUUCCACUCCCUCCGUUUUCAUCUACAUCCAAGCACUAUCCAGACAUGUCUGAGACCUAUUGUUGCCUAAAAGCAGCUUGUCUCAUGGACCAAUGCAGUGGUCACUCUUUAUCUGCGAGCAUGACAUCAAACAGACACGGGGAGUGUGGCUCAAAACAGAGCCCUGCCUUCCAGCUCAAUUCAGAACGAAGAGGGAGUUUUGAAGUCAAACAUCUGUAAGGCAGAAAUAAAAUGUACUUGUUUUA